CAUGCAUAUCGAGGGAUCUGUCUCACAAUCCCAUCUAUCUAGACCCACCCCCGCCAAUUGACGUAAUCCUGAACCUCCACCACUAACAUCAGCACCAACCUAACUCCUCCAGCAAUCUCAUACCCAACUUCCACAAUGUCACGCAAAGGCGUAGGCCUUGCGGCCUUUGACCGCUCACGCCUCACAUCAGCACAAUUCGCAUCACAUGGCUCUUCCCUGCGCGCCAAUAACGCCCAAGCUCUCGAAACACAGCUCGCCGUGUUCCGCUCCCUCCUCCAGCAGUUCGCAAACACACACGCUCGCGAUAUCCGCUCCGAUCCCGCUUUUCGCGCCCAAUUUGCUCGCAUGUGCGCUGCCAUCGGUGUAGAUCCACUAGCGAGCAGCAAUAGCAACAGUAGCUCGGAUGGAAGCUCCAUAUGGGCGCAGUUGCUCGGAAAGACGGUCAACGAUUUCUACUUUGAGCUCGCUGUAAGGAUUGUUGAGGUCUGCGGUGCCACGCGCGGGGAGAACGGAGGUCUUAUCGGUCUGGCGGAGCUCAGAGAGCGAGUUGCCGCAGGACGUAUGGAUGGCGCUGAUCCCAUUGCUGAUGAUGAUGUCCGGCGCGCGGUACAGACGCUUGCUCCGCUAGGCGGCGCGUAUGCUGUCGUGCGUGUAGGUCGAAAGGAAUAUGUGCGGAGCGUACCCCGUGAACUCAACGAUGACCAAGUCUCGGUCGUUGAGGCGGCGCAAGUCCUGGGUUAUGUGAGUGUCGGCAUGCUGAGGGAUAACCUGGGCUGGGAUAGGGCACGCGCCCGAACCGUGAUAGACGAUCUCGUUGCAGGCGGCAUGCUGUGGGUUGACAAGCAGACAAAGGGCGAGUGGGAGUAUUGGAGUCCUGGGUUUAUGGCCGAGGCUGCUGCUCCGGAUGAAGGCGACUGAAGCACCCCAAUGCACUGACUUCUCCCUUCUGCGGAGUGUCUCGAAACGCGGCAGGCUAUAUGACUAUUGUGGCAAAGCAGAAGCCCCGACCGUGGAUCUCAUAAGACAAAGCGAGAGUGCUUGAAACUCAUGAGGCGCCUGCCUUGUUUUGGUUCCGUCAUGCAGUCAGGCUACCCGGCUUACAUACCGAGUCUCCAUCACUCACCUCGCAUGCCAUGGUGGGUUGAUCAUUUAAGGGACAUUUCGCAUCCGCAAAUAGUCCCGGCACAGCAGUCCGAAGCCACCAUCAGGAUUUCCAGCCAUGAUGUCACAUGGGAGAUGUGAAGAACCCUUCCGAAAUGAUAGGGCCCCGAGGCCUUUCGCUCAAAGCUUUAGACAGAUGUCACUCACGUAUCAGAGUUAUUAUUCACAUC